CUUGCCCACCGAAAAUCCGCGUGUUUCGUUUUUGAAUGACUUGGUGAAAUGUGAUUUGUACGAAAAACGGUGAUAAAAUGUUGUUUAUUCUGCCACCCCUGACAAGUCAAAGCCCCCCCAGUCCGUGGAACGCGAUUUGCUGCGAUGACAAAAACCGGCAAAACAAAAACAAGCCUCCCAGGAUAACACUGAGGAACCUGCAGAUAAUCAAAUUUGAGGAUGAAAUAGCUCUUCCCCAAGAUGACAUGGACGGCAACAGGAACCCCAAAAGCCUCAGCGAAUGCUACUUCGCGGGCAAGGGGGCGGCGCUCGUGCUGCCGGACGCAAUGGAGGCGCAAAAAUCGGCGGCGUCGGCCGCCGCCGCCCUGAGCGUCGCGGCGGGCGCCGGCGGCCGUUUCGCGUCGGCGAUGAUGAUGGACGGCAUUGCGGCUUCGCUCAGCAGCAACAUCCAGAAGCAUCUGCAGUCCAUGUUCUAUCUGCUGAGACCCGAAGAAACGCUCAAAAUGGCUGUCAAGUUGGAAAGCGUCCACCCAGCAAGAACACGUUAUUUGGUUGUCGUAUCGAGACUGGGGUCUAGAGGCGAAGAAUCGUGUCUUUUGGGGAUAGAUUGCAAUGAAAAAACUACAGUAGGAUUGGUUUUGAAAGUUCUAGCCAACACUUCCAUCACACUGGACGGAGACGGGGGUUUCAGUGUGACAGUAUGCGAAAGACAUCACAUUUUCAAGCCCGUUUCAGUACAAGCUAUGUGGUCGGCGCUGCAGACGUUGCACAAAGUGAGCGGCAAGGCGCGCGAGCAGAACUACUUCCAGGGCGGCAUGACGCACGGCUGGGUCUCGUACUACGAGGACGGCAUCGAAUCGGACCGUUCGUGCCUGAACGAGUGGCACGCGAUGGACAACCUCGAGUCGAGGCGGCCGCCCUCGCCCGACUCGAUACGGACGAAGCCGACGCGGCGCGAGGAGACCGAGCGCUGCAUCCGCGCGACGCUCAAGGAGAUCAUGAUGUCGGUGGAUCUGGACGAGGUGACCAGCAAGGUGAUCAGGACGCGCUUGGAGGACGAGCUCGACAUGGACUUGGGCGAGUACAAGUCCUUCAUCGAUCAGGAGAUGCUCGUCAUCCUGGGCCAGAUGGACGCGCCCACGGAAAUCUUCGAACACGUGUACCUGGGAUCGGAGUGGAAUGCUUCCAACUACGAGGAGUUGCAGAAGAAUGGAGUGGGCCACAUAUUGAACGUGACGCGCGAGAUCGACAACUUCUUCCCGGGAACGUUCGACUACCUGAACGUUCGCGUGUACGACGACGAGAAAACCGACCUACUCAAGCACUGGGACGACACGUUCAAGUACAUAACGAAAGCGCGCGAAACUGGCUCGAAGGUGCUGGUGCACUGCAAGAUGGGCGUGAGCCGCUCCGCCUCUGUUGUCAUCGCGUACGCGAUGAAGGCCUACGACAUGGACUUCGUCUCGGCCCUGCGCCUCGUCAAAGACAAGCGCAGCUGCAUCAAGCCGAACAGCAGCUUCCUGUCGCAGCUGGAGACCUACCAAGGGAUCUUGGACGCGAUGAAGAAUAAGGAGAAGCUGCAGCGGUCCAAGUCCGAGACCAACUUGAAGUCGCCCAAUAAGGAGAGGGUGGUGGUGGGCAGCGAGCCCACGCCGAUAGUGCAAGCCCUAUCGAAGUCCUUGGACUUGAAGCAGGUUGGUGUUCGCCCUAAGUCUUGGUCGCCGGAUAAUGCCGUUGUUGGGGAGUUGUUGCACGGUAGCAAAUCGUCGCCGGUUUUCUUGUCGUUGGAGAAUUUGUCGGUGGAGAAGUCGAAAGAGUCGGAUAAAGUGUGCGUUUUGAUGCCCUGUGAUAACGGAGAAUCGUACAGUGUUUCUCCGAAUCAAAUCGUGCAUUUGCCGGGACACCACCAAGAUGACGUAGUGGAAAACGAAAAGACGGUUUUGAAUUUGUCGAAGAAGUUCGAUGCAGUGGCAGCCUGUGAUACUAGUUCCUUUCCGCAACAACAACAACAGACGACGAUGGACGAGUCUAGACAGUUUUUAGUCAAAAGCAAAGAGACUUGGGAUCCGGGGGAUUCGACGACGGUAAAUACGACGACUAGUAAAAGCGACGCCUGUGAUAGUGUUAGUGGUGAAAGUCAGCCGGUGUGGACCUCGUCGGCGGUGCUCAAGCACAAAAGUGCGAAAGGACGCAAAGAGAGCGACGUGUUUUCGAACCAACUGGACAGGGUGUUCGAUCGAGAGGAGAAACGCGAGAAGAAAUGCCCGUCGCGGCAGAACUCGUGGGGUUCCUACGACAGCGCCGUAGUUAUGAGCUACCAAAGCGAGAACAACUCGGAGCUGUCGCGGCAGAGCUCGUGGGGCUCGGGGGACACGCGCACUCUGUUAUCUCGGAACAGUUCGUGGGGUUCGUACGACAUGCGCGGCCGCGCUAUAUCGGAGAAACCCGUCGAGAAGUUGAUCGUCGUCUCGGAUGAAAUCGAAAUCCCCGCGGCGGAAUUGACGAGCAGGGGACUGUUGUCUAAAAGCGCGCCCGAACCGUCGUCGAUGGAGUUGAUACCGCAGGAGCGCGCCCUCUCGCGGUCGGCAUCGAACGUGAUCAGCACCGCGCAGUGUUCCUCCGUUAAACAGCACAAAACUCUUCUCGAAAGUUUACACAACAAAGACUCGAAAACGACGGCGAGAAAAAGCGAGGACGGGAUCGAGAAUUCGUUCGGGAAGGUGCGCAAUUUGAAGAAAGAGUUCGAAGCCAAGUCGAGCACGAAUAUCGACGCGGAAGCGCCGGUUGUUAACAGCGACCCGGUGAAGGCGAAAAACCGGGAUAACAGCAUUCUGCACCAGCAGCAGCAGCAGCAGCAGCAGCAAGCCAAAGAAGCGAAGGAGAAGGCGGAGGAGGAGGUGAGCAUGAAGCUGCUGAUCGGCAUGUUCGAGCCGAACAAGGAGGAGACGCAGGCGCGAGUCGAGAUGCGACCGAAACCGUUCGGGCAGAAUCGUAACGCUAGGUACUCGUGCAUCGAGGUUGGCGAGAAGGGACCCUACGACAAGAUUUUCAUCUCCAACCUCAACAAAGGAAAGAACGACGUGGAGUUCAAGAGGCCUCCGAUCCCCGUGGUGCGCAACUCGUCCCUGGCCGCGACCGUAAUAGCUUCGGCGGCGAAGAAGCAGCAGCAGUACGGCAAAAGCCAUCCGCUCGCGCGGCUCAGCAUCAAGCCGCGUCACAACAACCCCGUCUACAACACCAUGUAAUGCUCAACGUACCCGAAUAGGCUGUGACCGCGAAACGCGCAGGGGACUGUUCCCCCGCCAACUGACUCUCUAUCCAAUGCCCCCUGUAUACUGUAUGUAUUCGACAAUAAACCGCCAAAAGAAAUUCAACAAACAACACACUUUCGAACGGAGUACAGCGUUUCGAUAUUUUACGAUGUUCCCCCUUGUUGUAUAAGUUUUAUUUAUUUUUUUACAUGAUUGCGUUUUGUGACCCGAUAAUCAAAUAAACUGCUCUGCAAUUAACCGCUCAUGAUUAAAAAUGACAAACAAAAUUAGUAUCAAUAGACCAGUGCAGAAGCCUUUAAAAAUGGUAAAAAGAAAAAAAAUAACAGAAGGAUGAA